UACAAUUCACAGCUGCAUUUGGAUUAGUAUGAACUUAAAAGGGGAAAAAAUACUCAAUUUCGAAUAGGCUAGAAGGUUCAGUUAGGUUAUGAGUUAGGUUAGGUUAGGUUGUGCGCUGGGGCAUUCAGAUUGAUAGAAACUCAAAAGAGACAACAAAUAAUACUCAACAAUUCUGAAUAGGCUAGAAGGUUCGGUUAGGUUAUGAGUUAGGUUAGGUUAGGUUGUGCACUGGGGCAUUUGGAUUGAUAGAAACUCGGAAAAGGGAAAAAAUACUCAGUUUCGAAUAGGCUAAAAGAAUGUUCGGAUAGGUUAGGUUAGGUUGUGCACUGGGGCAUUCGGAUUGAUGGAAACUCGGAAAAGGGAAAAAAUACUCAGUUUCGAAUAGGCUAAAAGAAUGUUCGGAUAGGUUAGGUUAGGUUAGGUUGCGCACUGGGAGCAUUCGGAUUGAUGGAAACUCGGAAAAGGGAAAAAAUACUCAGUUUCGAAUAGGCUAAAAGAAUGUUCGGAUAGGUUAGGUUAGGUUGCGCACUGGGGCAUUCGGAUUGAUGGAAACUCGGAAAAGGGAAAAAAUACUCAGUUUCGAAUAGGCUAAAAGAAUGUUCGGAUAGGUUAGGUUAGGUUGCGUACUGGGGGCAUUCAAAUUAAUAGGAACUCGAAAAAGAUGAAAAAUAAUACUCAACAAUUUUGCAUACGCUAAAAUAAGGUUCGGUUAGGUUAGGUUGCGCACUGGGGCAUAAACACAUACUUAAUUUUGUACUUAAUGUUGUAUAAAUAUCUUAGUAUCAAGCAGCUAUGGAAGUUAUAUAUUGUAGGGAAUAUUGUGUUAGUAUUAGUGAUGUAGGGACUGGGGAAGGAAGGAGAGGGAAGGAAAGAUAAGGAAUAUAAUGUUAAAGGGAUUGAGGAAGGAAGAAGAGGGAAGGAAAAGGAAGGAAGGUUGUGUUAGUAUUAGUAAGUGAUGUUGAAGGGACUGGAGAAGGAAUAUUGUGUUAGUGAUUGUAAGUGAUGGGGAAGGGGAGGAAGGGAUUGGGGAAGGAGAGGGAAGGGAUUGGGGAAGGAGAGGAAAUGGAUUGGGGAAGGAAAGGAAACGAGAGGAGGGGAUUGGGGAAGGAGAGGAAACACGAGGAAGGGAUUGGGGAAGGAGAGGAGGAAGGGAUUGGGGAAGGAGAGGAAAUUAAGGGAAGGGAUUGGGGAAGGAGAGGAAAUGGAUUGGGGAAGGAAAGGAAAUGAGAGGAAGGGAUUGGGGAAGGAGAGGAAAUUAAGGGAAGGGAUUGGGGAAGGAGAGGAAAUUAAGGGAAGGGAUUGGGGAAGGAGAGGAAACGAGAAGAAGGGAUUGGGGAAGGAGAGGAAAUUAAGGGAAGGGAUUGGGGUAGGAGAGGAAAGGGAAGGGAUUGGGAGAGGAGAUCGAGGGAAGGGAUUGGGGAGAGGAGAUCGAGGGAAGGGAUUGGGGUAGAAGAGAGAAGGGAAGAGAGAGAAGGCUGUGUUUAAUUAGUAAUAUUGAAGAAACUGAAGAAAGGAAAAGCAUAUGGUAGGUAUUGAGUGGUAUUGGAGUACUUGGGUAUAUCGUGUAUGUGUCGUGUUAUUAGUGUGUGUGUGUGUGUCAUUGUUAUUCAUUGAUAUAGUUUUGUGUUACGAAUAUUGACUUCAGUUAUGUAUGUUAUUCUGUAUGUUAUUAUUUAUUAUUUAUUUAUUGACUUGUGGUGUGAGAGCUGGGUAUACAAGGGUGAAAGAUAAAAUGAAAUGAAGGAAAAUAAAAGGAAUUUGCGGAUAACCUUGGUAGUCUUUUCUUACUCCCGAAAUUGACCUCUCAUGAAACCGACCUCAAAAUUGACAUCUUACAAAAUUGACCUCCUGAUAAAAUUAAUCUUUCAAAAUUGACCUCUCCUUACAAAAUUGACCUCUCCUUACAAAAUUGACCUCUCCUUACAAAAUUGACCUCCUGACAAAAUUGACCUCCUUACAAAAUUGACCUCCUUACAAAAUUGACCUCCUGACAAAAUUGACCUCUCCUUACAAAAUUGACCUCCUGACAAAACUGAUCUUACAAAAUUGACCUCUCCUUACAAAAUUGACCUGAUAAAAUUGACUUCUCCUUACAAAACUGAUCUGAUAAAAUUGACCUCUCCUUACAAAAUUGACCUGAUAAAAUUGACCUCCUGACUACGUUGUUUUCUACUGCAGAAAUGUCUUACUUUUUUCCAAGAGUAUUCUGUCAGUAUUUACCUCACUGUGUGCUGACGGCCACCACUCUUGCAGGUGCUGAGGCCAAGGUCAGCAGCACCGCCGGGACUCCUCGCCGCUGCCCUCAGCACUACAGCUCACCUUGCCUUGGGGGCUCCUGCAGGAGUGGCCCACGCUGCCCCCCCCCCCCCACCUCCAGGGUUGUCUGCCAGGAGUGGUGCCACAAUGGAGGAUGUGGGGCCAGGCAGCGACACAGACAGCCCGGACCAGCGGCAGGUCACUGCUGAGGGUGGCAACACUGAACACCCCAAUACACACACUGCUGUUAGGAACUUUGAGUGUGAACUGUGUGGGAAAACGAUUACUUGUAAAGGUAACCUCAAUAAACACAUGACCAUCCACACUGGUGUUAAAAACUUUGAGUGUGAACUGUGUGAAAAAAAGUUUCUUUUUAAAUAUAUCCUCAAUAAACACAUGGCCAUCCACACUGGUGUUAAAAACUUUGAGUGUGAACACUGUGGGAAAAAGGUUACUGCUAAAAGUUCCCUCAAACAACACAUGCUCAUCCACACUGGUGUUAAAAACUUUGAGUGUGAACUGUGUGGGAAAAAGGUUAACUCUAAAGGUAACCUCAAACAACACAUGGUCGUCCACACUGGUACUAAAAGCUUUGAGUGUGAUCAGUGUGGGAAAAAGUUUCUUCGUAAAGGUAACCUCAAGUCACACAUGGUCCUCCACACUGGUACUAAAGACUUUGAGUGUGAUCUUUGUGGGGAAAAGUUUUUUCAUAAAAAUGGGCUCAUCAUGCACAUCCCUACUCACUCUGGUACUAAAAGCUUUGAGUGUGGACAGUGUGGGAAAAAGUUUCUUCGUAAAGGUGACCUCAAUAGACACAUUCUCACCCACACCGGUGCCAAAGAGUUAGAGUGUGGGCAGUGUGGGAAAAAGUUAGCUAAUAAACAGAGCCUCAAUAGACACAUCCUCACCCACACUGGUGUUAGAAACUUUGAGUGUGAAGAGUGUGGGAAAAGAUUUCUUCGUAAAGGUGACCUCAACACCCACAUGCUCAUCCACACUGGUGAAAGGAAGUUUGAGUGUGAUGUUUGUGGCAAGUGUUUCACCACCAAGAGUUCUAUUGCCCGCCACGUCAAGACACACCUGUGAGGUAUUUCACCACGGCCUGAUCACAAGCAGGACUUGCAAUCGCCAGCAUGUACCCUCCCGAUUAGAGCAACUGCAAGGCUCUUUAGUCAACCUCUGUUACUGCCAGGACAUCACACCCCACACACCCCACUCCCCUAGUUUAAGGCAGAACAGCAACCAUGCACUCCUAGUCAGUGGAAAGAAAAAGGCCUGAGCGGGCCCCAACCCGCCACAUCAUCCCAUGGUGUGGUAGCGCAGCGCAUAACCGACUGAGUUAUCAGAAUGGUAUACAGUAAUCCCUCGUCUAUCGCGGGGGUUAGGUUCCAGAACGCCCGCGAUAAGCGAAAAUCCGCGAAGUAGCAACCUCAUAUUUUUAAAAAAUAUUUAUAUAUAUUUUAAGGUUUUAUAAACCCUCCCCACACUCUUACAAAUCUUUCCCACACUUAUAAACACUUCCUAUGACGUUUCGUUGUUACGACGCGGUCCCAAUAAAUGAUACUAUAAUUCUUGUUUCGACUUUCGACAUUUGCUUCAUAAAUACGAACUUCGCGCAGUAAUUAGUUUGGCGGGGCGGAAGAACACUCAGAGAAAGGACAGUAUGAGCGUAGCUCACUUCUUUUAUAUCACAAUUAGGUAAAUCCAGAAGGGGAAAGGGAGGAGAGGGACGGAGUGAGUCAUGAAAAAAAUACCGAUAGAGGAUGUAGGAAGGGAGAACAAGGAAAAGCAAUGGAGGAAACAGGGAGAGAUAGAAAGGAUGAAAACAAGGGUGUGGGGAGGGAGGGACAGUGGGGAGAGUCAGGUCAGGUCCUGAGGGAGAGUCAUAGCAGGUUCAGUCAGGACACGACCUGACUCUCAAUUCCACCCCUCCCUCCCCACACCCUUUCCAUUUCCCCUUCUGUGUGUGUGUGUGUGUGUGUGUGUGUGUGUGUGUGUGUGUGUGUAAUCUAAUGGGGAAGGAGAAAGAGAGGAAGAGUGAGAGAUAAGACUAAAGAUAAGAGGGUGUGAGAAAGGAGGAAACAAUGGAAAUGAGUGGAGGAAAUGGGACGGGAAAAGAAGAGAGAGGUAGGGAGGGUC